GCCGCGGCCGUGCUCACGUGACCACACCGCCCCCCCAGAGCCGCCAUGUUGUUUCUCCCGUCACGGCGGCGGGCGGCGGCAGCAUCGGGGUUCGGAGCGGCGGCGACCCCCAGCCGCGGGCAGGUGCUGAAUGAUGAUUUAAACUGAACAAUUAAGGUCUGGGAAACUAGGAGGAUCUCUUCCUGUAACAAUGGCAACAAAAUCAUCACUGCUUAAAGUAAUACUGCUAGGAGAUGGUGGAGUUGGGAAGAGUUCUCUUAUGAACAGAUACGUCACCAACAAGUUUGAUGCACAGCUGUUUCAUACAAUAGGCGUGGAGUUCUUAAAUAAGGAUUUGGAAGUGGAUGGACACUUUGUUACAAUGCAGAUAUGGGACACAGCAGGUCAGGAACGUUUUAGGAGCUUGCGGACUCCUUUCUAUAGAGGUUCUGACUGUUGCCUGCUUACCUUCAGUGUGGAUGAUUCUCAAAGCUUCCAAAACCUAAGCAACUGGAAGAAAGAAUUCAUUUAUUACGCAGAUGUCAAGGAGCCUGAAAGUUUUCCAUUUGUAAUAUUGGGUAACAAAGUUGAUAUCAAUGAAAGGCAAGUGUCUAGCGAAGAAGCCCAAGACUGGUGCCGGAAUAAUGGUAAUCAUCCCUAUUUUGAAACCAGUGCAAAAGAUGCCACCAAUGUUGCAGCAGCCUUUGAAGAAGCUGUUAGAAGAGUUCUAGCCUCUGAAGACAGAUCGGAUCAAUUUAUUCAAACAGAUACCGUAAACCUUCAUCGGAAACCGAAACCCAGUUCAUCUUGUUGUUGACUUUUUUUUGCCAAGUUACUUUUGACGAGCUGGCUCUGUAAGAGGGUGGGAAAGGUGUCGUAGAUAAAGUAGCACAUGGGUUCCACUCUAAUACUGAAGUUGUAACAUUCUGCUGCUUUCUUGAGGGAGCAAAGGGGAGCAAAAGAAAUUCCCAUUCAUGAGUGACCCAUUAUUGAGAUAGUGAUACUUCCUAUUCAGGAAGGUGUCAAGUAAAAAUGUUAAUAUAAGAAUGUAAUUUGCCAACUUUAAUCAAAUGAUAAAUACUUUGGUUAUAAUUAAAACUUGAAGUUCUAAAAGCACUACUUUAGAGAAACUGUUCUGAAAUUCAGACACAAAGAAACUUUUAUAUGUAUAUAUAUUUUUAUGAAAUCAGCAUUCCAUUUUUGUUUCACUAGAAGUCAGUUUCUUAACAAUGCUAGAUAUUAAACAUUAGUCUCACUACAUUCCUUUUGAUGUCAGUGGUACUUCAUCUCUAAUAUGUUUGCUGUAAGUUAACAUAAAUUACCUUCAGGUCUUCUGUAAUUGCCUAAUGUGUCACUAUAGGUCUGUAAGUAGAAGAUAAUUUUCUUACUUAUUUCAUGUCCGUUUUCCUUUCACUUAAAAUUCUAAAGCCAUACUAAUUUUUCCAGCUGUUUAAUGCAAAAUACUGAUUUUUUUUUUGAAGUUAAUAUGUCUUUGCCUUAAGUCCCAUUCUGACAUGUUUCUGAUCAGUCAGGUGGAAAAAAAUCUGGAUAACUGAAGUAUAACCAUUUUUAGUUAUGGAAAAGAAAACGUUAUUCAUUCAGCUUUAAUAGCACUUGAAGGGAUCAAUGUUAAGGCAGAUAUCCAAGAAGACUUUUAGUAUGCAGCCUUAAAAGUUCUGAACUCCUUGUUCUGUUGACCUGAGCUAUGAAUGUGUUUGUGAUCUCUGUACUGUGAAACUAUGGAUUGGCAAUACAUAGAGAACUCAGGAAGCUCUUAACUUACAGCAGAUAGUGACAGCUUUCAGCUCUAGUACAAGCAGAUACCUGUAGCUAAUAUCUGAGCUGAAUUUGAUCUGUAUUUAAUUUGCCAUUGUAGGGUAUAGAUUUAAACAUUUAACGGUCUUUAAUAUUACUGUAGUCAUUAAUUGACAAUGAAUAGAAGCCAGUUUCAUAUUUAAUGGAUAGUCUUUCUGCAGUAAUGCAGGUGAAACCACACGUGUUUGAGGCUCUAUUGCUGUUAAAUGGUAGAAUACUUCUAUGAGAAGUUGUUGAAAGCUGGCUCUCGGAAUACUCAAUAUCCUUAUAACAGCAAACUCAAUAGUGCACUAUUGCUUCAAUGUGUAGUCUGACUACUAACAGGCAUGCUUGUGUACACAUUGUAGACCUCAAAAGGAAUUCAAAUGCCUACAGGACAGGCCAUGUUAUUCAUUAAACAGACUCUGCUUUCUGUACUGCAACACUUUUGUUGUAAUAGAAAAGCUUUUCUGGAUAGUACAGUAAUGGCAGGAGUCUUCUCUUAACCUAUCUGUUCACUCUGUACCAGAUGUUAUUUGGAAGUAAAGCUUGCAGAAUUAACUUCACGUUGCUCUUACAUGCUUAGAAUUUGGAGUAUUUUGUAUAUUUGCUUGAACCUGUUCAGGACCGUUUUGCUCCAUGGAUCUGCUGCUCCUGCUUAAAAGUGACAUCUUUUUUUACUAAUUGUACAUUUAACAUCUACUUAAUUCUUACAAUCCUGUAUAUACAGCAACAGAAUUUUUUUAAGCUUCAGUCACCAAACUGCUAAAUGUAGGUUGAGCUGCUACUUCUGUAGUGUUUAGAUUUCUAGUCAGCGAAUGAAAGAUCUGUGAAGAAAUAAAGAAUCUUAGCUAGAUUCUUCCUAACCUUAAGUGGAGAGAGCUUUAAAAACUAAGAUUGCAUGCAUUAGGGGCCACUAGACUCAUGACAGGAAAUUUGUUGUAAAGUAUUUAAGCUUCCUUGAACCUUCCUUUUAGGGGAGGUGAGGUUGAAACAAAAUAUUAGAUUGUUACCAUUUGAGUACUACAGAUAUUUACAUAAGAUCCCUAAAAGGAAACAAAGGAUGAGAACCAUUGUAGUAGUCUUUUCUGCUGCCUCAUAGCCCACCUCUGUUUUCUCCUCUGUACUCUUUCCACAUGACAUCAUGGUUACUCAGCCUCUGUCCGAGAAGCAGGUUUAAUAAAGUUAAAUAUAACUUAAUUCAAUAAAAGUGCAUUGUUUGUGCCAUGUGAACUGCUGUCCCACAAUUGUACACUAAUCACAAAAGUAGUAAAGGAGGUUUAUGUGCUAUAGUAAGACUGCAACCUAUGUUGAGGUCAGGCUUUGGUGUGAGAGGGAGACUGACACAUAGUUGAAAGAAGUAAUAGUCCUGUGAGGAGCAGAUGUAGAUAAUGUGCCAAAAUAAUAUCUUCAUAAUACUUAGUAACAAAUGCAUUUCUGUACUUUGUGAAGGCUUAAUAUUUAUUAUUCAAUAUGAAGAUACGGUAGGCACUUGUGGUGUAUGUUUGAAUUCGCUGAAUCAUCUCAGGUACUAAUGUACCUCAAGUAUUAGAGGGUCCUGUUCGCAGUAUUUCGAGUUCUGUGGUGUGAGAUACAUGCAAUAAAUCCAGGCCUCACUUCAAACAAGGAGGAAAAAAGUUCAACCAACAGCCUUGGUAGAAUAUGGUCAAAAAAGGUGGGAGCCAGAGUAAAAACACUGUUAUGGCAAAUGGGUGGGAUUGAUUGUAAGCUAUGUAUAAUGGAACAGACAUAAAAAUAGGAAGAAGAUGGAGCACAAAAGACUGCUUCUCUGCUUAAAUUGAGCAGUGUACAAUAGCAAGGACACAGCUUAGUGCCCAUCUUCCAGCAGAGUACCUAGAUGCUUAGUGCAAGACUGCUGCCAGGACUGGGCUGCUUGUGUUAGCUUUUCUGUUCCUUAAACUGAUUUUGCUUUACUUUGAAUCUGUUAACAAGGGCAAGUUCAAUAAACAGUAACGGAAAAUUGCAGAAAGCUAAGUCUAGGAGCUCUAUUUCCUGCCUAGUUUUAUGGAGGCUGAUUCACAUUCUUAGCCUGUGCUAUUGUUCUUAUUUCCUUGUGCUUAAUUUUUCAACCAUGUGGGAUAGUGAUGGUCCCUUCCACUUGCAGAACAUUUUUGAUUCCUUUAUUGCAUAAUACAGGUUACUUGCUACUUUCUCAUCCUGCAACUGACUUCACUUGAAGUUGUAUUCCCAAGCUGCUUGGACUGGGUUUGAACAUAACACAAAGGAUCUCCACCCUUGUCCACUGACCUUCAUAUUGUUGGACAUGAUAAUUGCCUCGUGCAUGCUAAAACUGCAUCUUUCAGACCUUGAGCAGAUUUGCGACCAUACUUGAACACAAGAUAACUGCUAUCUGCAAGUGGCAGGUAGAAAUCUCUCAGCUUAUUGCAGAAGUUGCAGCACAAAGGUACUCAGUGCACAAGAAAUUACAGCUACCUAACAGAGGUUCUUUAGAACUCUGUCCAGAGACAAUGUUCUUCCCUACAAACCCUGUAACGAUUAAUGGGAAGAAUAAGUUCCCUUUCCCGUGGCCAAUACCAGUUGUUUUCAUGAAGUCCAAAUGGGCCGAUGAGACUGCCUUUCCCAUUUAUAGUUCCUGGAUUCCUUUUUACUGUGUGCUGGCAUGAGACAGUACAAUGAUCAAAACUCACCCUUUUUAAAAGGAAUGGAAACUUUUAGUACUAAUCCUUUGCUAUAAGUUUUAUUCUUGUCACAUGCAUAAUUAUUUAAUGCAUUCGUUUCCUUAGUGGACCUUAACUGCUUGUAUUUUCCCCAACCAUCGCACUACUGUGGAGGUGACAGGAAACAGCCUAACGGCAACCUACUGUGCAGAUAAAAAUGUCUUAUCAUGUGUUUCUAAUGAUUUCACGUGUACCUAAAGAGAAUCAGUUUGAUUCUGAAAAUACUGUAGGAUGCAGUUUUUAGAAAAUACUACUGCAGCCAGGUAUUCUCAUCUUCACUUACCCCCCUACCAGUAAAGGUAAGCCUUAUCACAGUCAUCUACUUUGCUCCUAAAUCAAUUCAAGUACAGUCAAGAGGCAUCCAUACUGCGUUAUUCCACAUUUUAUUUAAGGUAAAUAUCAGAAAUCAUAUAUAGUAUACUGUUGCUUUUCUCAUGGAAUAUUUUACAACGACACUUUAGCAGUAAAUGUAGAUUACAAAGAAAUAAUGACUGGGUGUACAUUUAAAGCACCUAUACACAUGGUCCCCUUAAUUAUACAAGCUACAUAAAAUGUACUUUUUAGAAUAGCAUGCCACUUCCUUUGGAAAUCCCAUUUUAAACACAAAAGUCCAAGAAGAUAGUUCUAUAUAGAUUUGCUGCAUAAAGAAACAGACUAUGUAAAAAGAUGGUGAAAUCAACCAAGAUAGGUACAUAUAUGCUAGAUGACCCAUUUAAAAAUGACUAUUUUGUAACGAUGGUAAGUUUUGCAGAAGACCACCUAACUACAUUUUACAAUGAGAUGGUAGCCAGACAGGCCAAGCAAUGCCUUUCUGAAACCCUCAUCAAAUAGAGUUUCAUGGUUCAAAGAUCCUAGUCUAAAUAUAUUUUCAGAAAGAAUAUUUCAGCACUUGCAAAGAUAAUGGAAAUAACGUGGGUUUGAAUGCGUAAAUUUAGUUGUGUUGUUGUUCCUCCCCCCCACGUAUGAAUUAGAUUUAAAGUCAGGGCAGAGAGAGCUGUUGCGAUCUACUUCAUUAACUUAAUUGAUGUAACACUGCAGCUAGACAUGUAUUGCAUGAAACAUCUGAUAAAUUUGCAAUUUUAAGCUUUAAAACGUGCAAGUUUUUACUUUAAAAUUGCUGAAAUACCAAAGAGAAAGCUUUGCUGAUGGAUCCUUUUUAUUUAGCAUUUCAUAAUAAAUAUAUUACACAUUGCAAUAUUAAUAUAGACUUCAUUUAAUACUGUGAACAGUAAGGUUAGUCUGCAGAGUGAGUUCUCUAGCAAAGGACUCUAAGUAGAAAGGUUUAUAGCAAAAUUCAACCACUUUGGCCAAACAAUCAAAAAAUCCCUUUUGCUCAUAUUAAAUCAAAUGACUAGAGAUAGCUAACAUUUAGAUCUGAUUUCCUCCCACCCUGUAUAAGAGGCUUAUCUUUUGCACAUGCAUUGACUCCUAUGUCUCUGUACCUAUUCAGCCCAGACAUUUUAAAACUUAGUUUUCCUAAGACAGAAGGAAAACUUCUGAAGGUACAUUUUUGAUCAGAGCAGCUGGCUGUUUUAUCUGUAUCAGCAAAAAA